GGACUCACGGUCCGGGCGGAGGCUGCUGCUGCCGAACAUGUGAAGAUAAAACACCGCGUUACAGUAGCUCGUUUUUACGUCUCACCAGGGAGAAGUCAUUUGCCAUUUUAAUUUUAAUUUUAAUUUUUUCGCAUUUGUGAACGAUCGCGAUGGCAGUUAACUUCACAUCCGGGCCACAAUGCCUUGACUCCAUUACCGUCUAAAACUGGCGGAGAGGUUGAUAAACCUUUUUUUUUUUUUUUUUUAGUUAACAGUUAACGACACAUUUUGAUUACGUGCAGUGAAGGCUGGAACCAAGAGGACAUGUCUAACCAAGGAGUCCGGCGGAAUGGCCCUGUGAAGCUGCGAUUAACAGUCCUCUGCGCCAAAAACCUGGUGAAGAAGGACUUCUUCCGCCUCCCUGAUCCCUUUGCCAAGGUUGUUGUGGACGGUUCAGGGCAAUGCCACUCUACAGACACUGUGAGGAACACACUUGACCCCAAGUGGAAUCAACACUAUGACCUAUACAUCGGGAAAUCCGAUUCUAUCACCAUCAGCGUGUGGAAUCACAAGAAGAUUCACAAGAAGCAAGGGGCUGGGUUCCUUGGCUGUGUCCGCCUUCUGUCCAACGCUAUCAACCGCCUUAAAGACACAGGCUGUAAGUACCAGAGACUAGACUUGAACAAGUUGAGUCCCAAUGACAGUGACACAGUCAGAGGCCAGAUAGUGGUGAGCCUGCAGUCUAGGGACCGGAUAGGCUCAGGAGGCCCUGUGGUGGACUGCAGUCGGCUGUUUGACAAUGAUCUCCCAGAUGGCUGGGAGGAGCGGAGGACGGCGUCUGGACGGAUCCAGUACUUGAACCACAUCACACGCACCACGCAGUGGGAGAGGCCUACCAGGCCUGCAUCGGAGUACUCCAGCCCGGGCCGGCCUCUCAGCUGCAUCGUGGAUGAGAACACGCCCGUCAGCACCAACGGGGCCACGCCUACCACCGUAUUGCCGCCCGUCGACGGCGACCAGCGGGCCCAGGAGAGACGGGUCCGCUCCCAAAGGCACCGCAACUACAUGAGCAGAACCCACCUGCACACACCCCCGGACCUCCCUGAGGGAUAUGAGCAGAGGACCACGCAGCAAGGCCAAGUGUACUUCCUCCACACUCAGACCGGUGUCAGCACGUGGCACGACCCCAGAGUACCAAGAGAUCUUAGUAACGUGAACUGUGAGGAACUGGGUCCACUGCCUCCAGGAUGGGAGAUACGGAACACUGCCACCGGGAGGGUUUACUUUGUCGACCACAACAACCGAACCACGCAGUUUACAGACCCGCGCCUCUCCGCCAACCUGCACCUAGUCCUGAAUCCAAGUCCAAGCCCAAGCCCCAACGGUUCUCGAGGAGGCAUCGAAAGUCAGAAUGUCAGUCGCCAGAACCAGUUGAAGGAUCAGGCCCAGCAGGCUCUGGUGUCCCCUGCUCAGCUCCCGGAGGAGGCCGAGUGCCUCACGGUGCCCAAGUACAAGAGGGACCUUGUCCAGAAGCUCAAGAUCCUCCGCCAGGAACUGUCCCAGCAGCAGCCUCAGGCCGGCCACUGCCGCAUCGAGGUAUCCCGCGAGGAGAUCUUCGAGGAGUCGUAUCGCCAGGUGAUGAAGAUGAGGCCGAAGGACCUGUGGAAAAGGCUAAUGGUGAAGUUCAGAGGAGAGGAAGGGCUCGAUUAUGGAGGCGUGGCCAGGGAGUGGCUCUAUCUGCUGUCGCACGAGAUGCUGAACCCGUACUACGGCCUGUUCCAGUACUCCCGGGAUGACAUCUACACACUGCAGAUCAACCCAGACUCUGCCGUCAACCCUGAGCACUUGUCUUACUUUCACUUUGUGGGCCGUAUCAUGGGGAUGGCAGUGUUCCACGGCCACUACAUAGACGGAGGCUUCACCCUGCCCUUCUACAAACAGCUGCUGGGUAAACCCAUCACUCUGGACGACAUGGAGUCCGUUGACCCGGACCUGCACAACAGCCUCGUGUGGAUCCUGGACAACGACAUCACAGGUGUGCUGGACCACACCUUCUGCGUGGAACACAAUGCUUAUGGAGAGAUCAUCCAGCAUGAGCUCAAGCCCAACGGUAAGAGCAUCCCCGUCACCCAGGACACCAAGAAGGAGUACGUGCGGCUCUACGUCAACUGGCGUUUCCUGCGAGGCAUAGAGGCCCAGUUCCUGGCUCUGCAGAAGGGCUUCAAUGAGGUCAUCCCCCAACACCUGCUGAAGGCCUUCGAUGAGAAGGAGCUCGAGCUGAUUGUAUGUGGCCUGGGUAAAAUUGACAUCAACGACUGGAAGUCCAACACGCGGCUCAAACACUGCACUCCAGAGAGCAACAUCGUCAAAUGGUUCUGGAAAGCUGUGGAGUCCUUCGAUGAGGAGCGCAGAGCCCGGCUGCUGCAGUUUGUCACCGGCUCCUCCAGAGUUCCCCUGCAAGGAUUCAAGGCCCUCCAAGGUGCUGCUGGCCCGCGGCUCUUUACCAUCCACCAGAUUGAUGCCAGCACCAACAACCUGCCCAAAGCCCACACCUGUUUCAACCGGAUUGACAUUCCUCCCUACGAGCACUAUGACAAACUGUACGACAAGUUGCUCACCGCCAUCGAGGAGACGUGCGGCUUUGCUGUGGAGUGACUCACUGAUUCAGGCAGAGCUCCGCAACAACCAGAAGCAACACGGUUUGGCCAUAAUGAGCCCCCACCCCCACCCCACCCCCACCCUGCCCACACACACACACACACACACACAAAUCAAUCCACUCAACACGGGGGUCAUCCACGGCUGCUUCGCCCAGGGCCGCCUAUACUUCCCGGGGACAUGUGGCCAAGCUAAUGGAGGCUGGACAAAGAAGAUCAAGAAAAUGUCAUCUGACUCUGGGUAUUUUUUUAAGACCCUCCAGCCUUCCUUUGUGUCUUUUUUUUUUUUAUCAUUGAAAAGGAUCUCUUCAGCUGCUAAUAACUCAGACUAUUUACUAACUCGUGGAACCUGCAAAAAGUUGCUGGCUCUUCCCUUUUUUUCUAAGUUCAUUUUAGCAUUAAAAAAAAAGAAAAGAAAAAAAGACUGUAUUCAAUGUAGCAAUGCUCCAUCUUACCAAGCAGAACACAAGGUCAGUCCACUCUGAAAACGACAUUAACGAGACCGGUUUGUUUGCUAGAGCACAGGGUUAUUAAUGGUUCCCACAACCACUUGGAAACACUAAAUUUGUAUGCAGAGUGUGCAUGACUCGUGCUGUUUGGUGCCUCAGAGCGAUCACAUCGGGGCUAUCAGUACUACCGAGGCUGGAAAACAGGGAUGCGUGCGGAUGAGAGGGCAAGACUAGAGACUGAAUUAGGCAGACACCCGACUGUUUACAACCCUCUCCAAAGACCAGCAGCGGGGACUUCUGCUCCGGAGUCACCGGCCAACAAGUAGCGCUGCAUUCCCAAAACAUAUUUCACACGUUUGACAGCUCGUUUUCUUUGAAGACGAAUAAGUGAAUGAAAAGCUUGAAAUGUGUUAUUUUUAUAUAACAGGGAAAAUUUGAAAAAGAAACAAUAAAAUUCUAUAUAAUAUAUAUAAUUUAUUGCUGAUCUCUUUCAGAAACCCCUAUCCAUCGUUUCAGAAAAAUAAAAGCUCUCUAAAUGUUAAGUGUUUAAAUUAUAGAAGAUCAUUUGUGAAAACCGAAUUAAGCUUGAGUGAAUUUCACUCAAGAACGCUGGGGUCUAUUUCUUGACAUAACCUCUCUCACACUGUCCAAGGAGAGGUAUGUCCUACAGAGCAACGCAAAUCUAAAACACGCAAUGUCCUCGGAGUGCCAUAAUCAUUUCUCAAUGAAUGAAUCUUUGCUAACCUUGAGUAGACACGGGCCGGUUACCGGUUUCAAGGUAUACCACUACAAUUUUCACAGAAAGUGCAGUUUUGAAAUCCACCUCCCUGCCGGUUUUCAGUGUGUUUUUAAAAAUAAAAUACAUUGUGUUCAAUGGAGGGAAAAAAAAAAGUUACAUUUCAAAAUAAUACAUUUUAAAGCUGUAAUUGCAAUACCGUGAAACGGUGAUAUUUUUGCUGAAGGUUACCGUACCGUCAGAAUCUCAUACCAGCCCGUGCCUAGUCUUGAGCAGACCCUUUAAAAUCUACUGAUUUCAUUCUGGCGCUACACAUGGGCGUGUGAUGUUUCUCUCCUGUUACCCUUUUAUUUAUUUUUUUAACACUUCCGUCAUUUGUAGCUGGGCAUGGCACUGGCAUGACACCUACCAUUAAUUCCAAAUGGUAUUCUGUUCAGAAGAGUCCAAUGUUCAUCAUCUUGUAAUUCAUUGUUAUUGUUGUGGGGGGGGGGGAAGAAAACCUCUACUACCUGCUAGCCAUGUGGUGCUAUAUAGCAUUAACGUUUGUCUUUGUAUUGGCGACAUUAAGGCUGUUUUAUACUUCUGCAAACACCUCUUCUUUUGUGUCGCUGCAACGCAGACCGCGAGGACUGUGAUUGGUCGACUGGUCCUGUGUGUUGACAGUGGGUGUUUCAAGCAGCCUACUGUGUGGAGUAGCAACAUGCUAGUUCACUGACAUCAGCUUUGCAAAUUAUCUCAGACAUAUUUUGGUUAUAAUGACAGGGUUAUCCGUUUGCAAAGUGUCUACAUGUCAGCAACGUUUGGAAAUUAGCACUUCGCCAGCAAGCAGCACUUUGUGGGCAGUUGUGCUAACGUUUGCUCGCUAACAUAACAUAAACUGGCUCUCUCUCUUUCGUCGGAAAUGGCAGAGUUUUGCGAUUGACCCUCCGGAAACAACCACCCCCCUCCCCCCUUUCCCCAGCAUGGAGUUGACGCAGAAGCAUAAAACAGCCUUUACUCAUUGAUAUACUACUGCUCGAGGUGCACGCUACACUACUCAUGCUCAUACCUGUUUGUGGCCACAAAAUCUUUCCAAGUAAUCAAGAGCUCUAGCUAGCCACAUUCUCAGGAGAUGUCAUAUGUAGUUUGUAACUUCCUUUUGAUUUUUACGAACGAAGAGAAACUAAUUCUGACAGUUUGUCUUGAUUUCCUGAAUAUUUAAGGGAUAAAAAAAAUAAAAUAAAGUCUUGUCUGAAUCGUUUUGCCCGCAGCAGACCGUUGACAUACAACAAUCGUUGCAUGUGUCCGUAUGUGCUUUUGAUUUGAAAAGGAACUGAAUGAGAUGAAUCCUGUUUUAGCCUGAUACACAGUCCUAUCAGUGAUGUUUUUUUAUUUAGAGAAAGAGGGUGGGGGGGGGGGAUUGUUUUCUACGAUUAAAAGUGAAAUCCUUGAAUGUUUUCAAAAGAUGCUGCCUGUCUAGUAAUCUCUAUGACCGUGGACUGUUCUUAACAUCUGCAUACACUACAAAAAAAAACAAAAAUGAACUGAAUUUUCAUUCUUUUACAUGGACAAGUGUAUGCAAGGUGAAGUGUCCUCAGAUGGUGCUUUGUACAGUAAAAAGAUAUUGUUCAUAUAUGUGGAUCAAACGACCUGUAAUUUAUCUUUAACUUAAGUAGAGAAAUGAAAAGAGGAAUUGCACACAAACAGAAUGAGGUCGCCUUGUGUAUUUAAUUGGUGACUUCUCGAUCAGAUAUUCAUUCGCCUUUUAAGUCCAGUGCACAAGCUGAUGGCCCUACUGUCUGCUCCUACGCUACACCGCUCAGCAUCACCCUGUACCUGCCUCUCGUUGAAGAACUUUUUAUUAAACGAGUCAAAGUUGAGACGCCGCUUUUUUUUGUCUUUUUAUUUUAUUUUUUUUAAUAGCAUGAUCCACUAGCAGGACUAUAUCUCUCAUAGCUGACUGAUGCAAUUUGAUGUACGUUAACACUAUCAUUUUGUAAGAGUAUUUUAUUUUUGUGUGUAAUUAGUUCUAAUUAAACUUGCCUUUGUCUAACAAUGUAAGGCCUUGUACACAUAUAUGUCCUGUCCUUCCUGUUUGAAUGGUUGUUUCAAAUGUCAUAAAAAGCUUUUUCACCUGAA